AUGCUUUCUGAGGGGACCCAAGAUGGCCGAAUACUUACAGUGGGGCUAAUAAUUACUCUCGUUAGACGUUCUGGUUUGAUGGUGCUCAGUGAUCGCAUAAGACAUUUGCUGUACCGGAAAGUUUGACGAGUUCGCAAAUUCGAACAGAUACAUUUUGAAAUGUCCAUCUGUGUGUGAGGAGAGGCUGGUCCUUCCACGGCCCUCAGCCAGAACAUGGCGGAACACUUGGACAAAAUAUAGCUUGCUGCUAGGCUGCAAGCUAGCUAGCCUAUAAUGAAAAUAUUCUGUGUAUACGGAUUUGUUCACAAUUUCAUAAACAGAGCGCUUAUAUAAUGGGGCAAUAAAGGUAUUGGUACCGUUUUUGAAUUUUCUACACUGGGUUAGACAUAAAUUGUCAUAAUGUACAACGCAAGCAGAUAGCCUGCUAGCUGACUUGCUAGGAGAGCUAGGUUAGCUAGCUAGCUAAUAGUACUUGGCUGAAUUGGUAAUAGCAGCUAACUGAGGUGAGAGGGCACCCAGAAUUGUUUUUCUGCUGUAAGCUGUAGCUCAGCGUUUGACACAAAUUCUUAAUUGCACGGACAUACACAGUUAGACGGACCUUUUGACUGUAUUGCUAUGAUAGCUAAUUGUUUACGUCUCAGUAAAACUGAAAUAGUAUGUUGUGGAUAGUGUCAACAAAUAGCUAGCUUAUGCUACUGGCCGGACCAUUGCAUUAACGCGAGACGUCUAGCUUUCCAACAGGUAACCUGUAAAUGUCACAUUUUGACGGAUUCGUUCAGUGGAUAGUUUAACAUAUUUACCAACCAGAUUCCGAGGAGUCUUACUACGUGAAAGACGUUUACCUAGCAUUAGUGCAUCAAGGGCAAAACCCCGGGAGUAAGAGUUACUUGCAAGGAUGACUGACACUCGGCGACGAGUGAAGGUCUACACUCUUAAUGAAGACCGUCAGUGGGAUGACCGGGGAACAGGGCACGUAUCAUCCGGCUACGUGGAGAGACUAAAAGGCAUGUCUCUCUUGGUGCGCGCUGAAAGUGAUGGGUCUCUGUUACUGGAGUCAAAAAUCAAUCCUAACACAGCCUAUCAAAAACAGCAGGACACACUAAUUGUCUGGUCUGAAGCUGAAAACUAUGACUUAGCCCUCAGUUUUCAAGAGAAAGCUGGCUGUGAUGAGAUCUGGGAGAAAAUAUGUCAGGUUCAAGGCAAGGACCCGUCGGUGGACAUCACCCAGGAGCUGAUUGAUGAGUCGGAGGAAGAGCGCUUUGAAGACAUGUCCUCGCCAGGCCUGGAGCUGCCGCCGUGCGAGCUGUCACGCCUGGAGGAGAUGGCGGAGCUGGUAGCUUCAUCGCUGCCAUCGCCGCUGCGCCGUGAGAAGCUGGCGCUAGCGCUGGAGAAUGAGGGCUACAUCCGCAAGCUGCUGGAGCUGUUCCGUGUGUGCGAGGACCUGGAGAAUCGUGAGGGCCUGCACCACCUGUACGACAUUGUCAAGGGCGUCUUCCUGUUGAACCGUACGGCGCUCUUUGAGGUCAUGUUUUCUGAGGAGUGCAUCAUGGACGUGAUUGGCUGCCUGGAGUUUGACCCGGCGCUACCGCAGCCACGGCGUCACCGCGAAUUCCUCACCACCACCGCACGGUUCAAGGAGGUCAUCCCAAUCACGGACCCCGAGCUGAGACAGAAGAUCCACCAGACGUACCGCGUGCAGUAUAUACAGGACAUGGUGCUGCCCACACCCUCCGUGUUUGAGGAGAACAUGCUGUCCACCCUGCACUCCUUCAUCUUCUUCAACAAGGUGGAGAUCGUCGGCAUGCUCCAGGACGAUGAGAAGUUCCUGACUGAGCUCUUUGCACAGUUAACUGACGAGGCCACGGACGACGACAAGCGGCACGAACUGGUAAACUUCCUGAAGGAGUUUUGUGCGUUCUCACAGACUUUACAACCGCAGAACCGAGACGCCUUCUUUAAAACGCUCUCCAACAUGGGGAUCCUCCCAGCGCUCGAAGUCAUCCUGGGGAUGGACGACGUGCAGGUGCGUGGAGCAGCAACCGACAUCUUCUCGUACCUGGUGGAGUACAACCCCUCCAUGGUGCGAGAGUUUGUCAUGCAGGAGUCUCAGCAGAAUGAUGACGAUAUCCUGUUGAUUAACCUGAUCAUCGAACACAUGAUCUGUGACACAGAUCCUGAGCUGGGGGGAGCUGUUCAGCUCAUGGGACUGCUCAGGACCCUGGUGGACCCGGAGAACAUGCUGGCAACUGCUAAUAAGACAGAGAAGACAGAGUUCUUAAGUUUUUUCUAUAAACACUGCAUGCAUGUACUCUCAGCUCCACUACUGGCCAAUACCACUGAGGAGAAACCCAGCAAAGAUGAUUUCCAGACGUGCCAGCUGUUGGCGCUGAUAGUGGAACUCCUCACCUUCUGCGUGGAGCAUCACACCUAUCACAUCAAGAACUACAUCAUCAACAAAGACAUCCUGCGAAGGGUGCUGGUGCUCACUGCCUCCCGGCAUGCCUUCCUAGCCCUGUGUUCCCUGCGCUUCAUGAGGAAAAUCGUUGGGUUGAAGGAUGAGUUCUAUAACCGCUACAUCAUGAGGAACUUCCUGUUUGAGCCAGUGGUGAAGGCGUUCCUCAACAAUGGCUCACGCUACAAUCUCAUCAAUUCGGCCAUAAUAGAGAUGUUUGAAUACGUGCGCGUGGAGGAUGUGAAGUCCUUGACGGCUCAUAUCAUAGAGAACUACUGGAAAGCCCUGGAAGACGUGGACUAUGUGCAGACCUUUAAGGGUCUGAAGCUGCGCUAUGAGCAGCAGAGGGAGCGUCAGGACAACCCCAAACUUGACAGUAUGAGAUCAAUUCUACGGAACCACCGUUUCCGGCGGGAUGCACGGACAUUGGAGGAUGAGGAGGAGAUGUGGUUCAACACGGAUGAAGAAGACCUUGAAGAUGGCGAGGCAGUGGUGCCCCCCUCAGACAAGAUGAAGAAUGACGAGGACCUGAUGGACCCCAUCAGCAAAUUCAUGGAGAGAAAGAAAUUGAAAGAGUCCGAGGAGAAAGAGGUCUUGUCGGGCAAGUCCAGCCUGUCAGGCCGACAGAGCCCCAGCUUUAAGCUGUCAUUUUCCAGUUCGCCCAAGCCCAGCCUGUCGUCGCCCCCCACCGCCUCCCUGCACCCCGGUUCUCCAGGGUCCCCUGGCUCCCCUGGCUCUGGCACCCGGAGCUCACCACCCACGGCAGCUGUCACCACUAAGAGCGGGUUGGUGGGUUUGGUGGACUACCCGGACGACGAUGAGGAGGAUGAAGAUGAGGAGGAUUCGGACAGUAAAGAGGGAAGUCCACCACUGUCCAAGAAGUCGAAGCUGAGCUCUUAAAGCACUCCCUGCGUAAUUGGCAUGGCCGAGCCCAGAGGGAGCCUUACCCACAGACUUAAUUCAGCGCUCAGCCUUGAACUCAAAACUAAAACAAUAUGAAUGAAUAAACGAAUGAAUGGAUAAAAAGAACGAAUGCUGCCCCCCCAAACGCCCCUCCCCCCUGCCGGAGUCUAAGGGGUGCCUCGUGAGAAACCUAGAAAGGGAGAGCAAGAGAGGCAAGAAUCGGUCUCGGAACAAAAAAAGGAGAACAUCUCCAUGCAGAGAGUUCCAAGUGCCAAUCGGAGACAGAGAAAGACUUUUAAGCAGAACGAGAGCGAAGACAGGGAGAUAAAACAGUGGUUUUGGACAAAUAAUUAAAAGGAUUUAAUAAAAAAUUAUUUCAACGAAGCUAAAAGUACUGGGGGGGUAAAAGACCUCUUACACACACACACACACACACACACACACACACACACACACACACACACAUCUGCACACCCAUACAUCCACAUGGACAGACGUGUGUGUGUGUGCACACGCAUACACACACUCACUGAGACAGGCACCAGUCUCAGCCACAGAGCGCCCCAGGCUCGGACCAGGACACACUGCCCCCCCUCUCAGGGAAGGACGUCACAUGACCCAAACGGGCCAGCCAAUCCUGAACCACCACUCGCCUUCGCUGACUCCAUCUCCAUUUCUUUCUCUCCUUCCUCUGCCCCUUUUUUUUCUGCCUCCCCCAUACGUUUGUUCUUUUUUUUUGUUGUUGUUGUUGUUGUUGUUGUUGAAAUGUUUUUGUUUUGUUUCUAGAGCUUGACAGGAAACUAAGGGGGCAGAGCUGUCUGGGUUGUCACUGUUGUCCUCGUGGCUCUGCAGAAGUUCUUCCUCUCUCAAAGCCAGCGGUUUCUUCUUCAUUUCCCCCCCCCCCCCUGUUCUGUUCUUCUCUUCCUCUCCCUUUUUUAAAAAAAAAAAUGACAGAGACCUGCCUUUAAAUGUUCAGGACGUUUUCAAUCGCACUUGAACAGGUUUUUAAAACCUCAUUAGGGGGAAGAGAGAGUUUUACCCCCCUUUUUUUUUGCCCUUUGAAACUGCAGAUUUUUUGGGAAAAUUUGUAAGCCCGUCUUGAUUAAAGAUUGAGUGGAACUCUAGAUGUGAUUGAAUUUUUUUUUUCUUUUUGUCAUAUCUUAAUUUUUCUUUUACAUGAGUGUACUAUUAGUUAGUGGGUAUAUUUGGGACCAUUAAAAAGAUCUUUGACAUAAUA